AUGGCAGUAGACGGGCGUAAAAUAAGACAAUCUUUGUAUCAAGAUUCGGACAUAGAACAUGAUUUUCCGUGUUCCCCUUGUUCUAAAGAAGGGAAAAAUGUAGCUGCUAUCAAACAUUGUGUGGAAUGUGAUGAAAAUCUUUGUCAAAAAUGUUUGGGUGAUCACAAUAAGUUUUCAGUAAUGAAAGGACAUCAGUUACUUGACACGGUGAAACAACCGAGCAGGAAAAAGCAAGAAUUACCAAGACAAAGAUGUGAAAAACAUGGAGGAAAAUUGAUAGAUGUAUAUUGCGCUGGUCAUGAUAAGGUUGGCUGCUCAACGUGUAUGACCGUUGAACACAG